AAAGGGACCGCAGCACCCGGCACUCGACACCAUGCAAAAACGCAAUUGAAUAUCAAAAACUUGCAAAGCAGUGGGCAUGCUGCUACUUCAUGUGUCGGUACGAGCUCCUCGGUUGCUUGAUCCUCUACAUUCAGGAUCUCCAUGCGAAGGCAAAAGGAACCGCUCCACGUGGUAAUAAGCCUCGAGAAGCUCCAAGAUGCUACACGAGAUCCUCCUUGCCUUAUCAGGGCACCCUUCGCCCCUCCUGCCCCCUCCCGCAAGCAAAUUCGAUCCGGCGGCCAUAAGCCAGACAUUUCCGCUUCUUUCACCCCCGGAGAGAGCGCUACUGUCAUCUUUAGCUUGGCUUAGUGAACUACACAGGAGAGUGCGAGAUCACACUUCGAGCAUAUCCUCUUCACAUCCGUCAACUAUCUGUCGUGCCGUGUCAACCGCCAUAGCCUCGAAGCAUUUGGAUCGGUUCCAACAAAAGAUUGUAGAUGUGGAGAGGCAAAUGCUGAGGAAAGAUGGUGGAUCACCAAACGAGUACGAGAUCAUGCCACUAUCUCUCAUUGUCACAGAGUUUGAAGAAUGGAUACGUCGAAUGGAAUGGCUCUGGGACCUUGUAUAUUUUAUGAUGCCGGUCGAAAAUGUCGUUGCCGAUCAGAAGCGGGGACUUAAAAGUACCAAUGGACAAUGCUCGGGAGCUGCCAUUAUCGAGAAGCUGAGAAAGGAAGCUCGUACAGGGUUUCCUGAUAUUCAUGAUGCCGCAACCGACCUAAGCAGGGCCGCAGAAACGGCUUGGUUGAGGCAGCUGUCGAGCUGGCUGCUGUACGGACGACUGCCAAAAUUCGGCGGAGAAGACUUCUUCAUACAAGAAGAAACUCCAAACGAAGCCGACUCGAAAGGAACACCUAUCUUUACUAUAUCAGAGAGGCUGCGGCCGCAAUUCGUUACGCCAGCAACUGCUUCUUCGAUACUUUUCAUUGGGAGAUCCUUAAACCACAUUAGGAUAAAGUCUCACUCCUCUGGAAGCACCAUCUCUGGGAACUCGAGUUCUCCAGAGCUAGUUUUACUUCCUGCUCAUCUGAGUUACCUUUCCUCGCUGUCAUCACCCUUAACGGCGUCUUCACUUUCCCGCGUUAUCGCGAACAUUCGGUUCUCACUCUCGCAAAAUGCAUUGCAGCAUUUGCUUCCGGUGCCCAAAACCCUGGAAAUACUUCGAUUACUGCGAGAAUUCUUCCUGCUCGGCCGCGGAGAAUUUGCAGUAACCUUAAUUACUGAAGCCGAUGAGCAGCUCAACUCACGCCAUCGCCAGUCCAGUCGCAUACGUCAAGCCAAAGGCGGCGAUAAUCUCAAAGGGGUUCUUGUAAGAGACGGAGAAGUCAAUGCAACUUUAGCAAGGACUUGGGCGGCAUUAUCAUCAUAUGCUCCCUACGACGAUGAAGUAGAUGAUAAACUUGAACUUGCCCGCGACUUGGUCCAUUUGACUUUGCCCAAGCAAUCACCAGUAGCGUCAGGCGGGGCCCACCGCCGCAACGAAGACGACAAAGCCUCCAAACUUCAGACCCAUACUCGCUUUAACGACCUGUUGUUCUCAUCUCCAGUGGACUUGACAUUAAUCAUUCCCUCGCCGUUGGAUCUGUUCCUAAGCGACACUGAUCUACAAACCUACUCCGAAAUUAAUGCCUACCUCCUCUCCAUUCGACGCGCUCACCACCACUUGACAAGCCUAUGGAAACAUAGUACCCUUCGCCGCUCGCAUCCGCAACCACCUACCCUGCUAUACAGCAACACUCGAAAAGAUGCAGAAGGCAAUCAGCGCCAGCGCCAGCGGGAAAGUAAGAGAGCGCGAGAGAUGCGUAAAAUCUGGGCCACAUGCAGCGCCACAGUCUUUUUGCUAUCUGAAAUCGAAAGCUAUUUCCAAGGCGAAGUCGUUGAAGGCUCUUGGGAAGCACUUCGCUCGUGGGUUGAGAAUCCACCAUCCACACCAAACACAGCAAUUUCUACUACCACUACUUCUUCUCCCAAAUCCAGCAAGACCCCUAUACUUCCGCCGGUGACAGGAUCCAACAUUUCCAGAACCCCUGUUCCUUCGAUGCCCGUUCCACCAACAAAGCAUGCAUCAUCUUCAUCAUCAACCAACAACAACGAAUUAAACGACUCUGAUACCACCAAUCCACACCAACCUUCCACACGGCCGCACGAUCCCGAGUCAUUAUCCCGUGCUCAUAGGGUGUUUCUAUCCACACUCAAGUCCUCACUCUUGCUCGACGACGGGCCAUUUGCAGCGCACAUGCGAUCUACUCUCGCACACGUCGACCACUUGGUCGCUCUCGUGACGCGCCUGCAAACCGUGCAGCAAAACCUCGAUCUCGAAGCAGAUGAGGCCGUCAUUGUCGACGCGCUCGCCAAUCAUGCUGCUGAAGAACGCACUCUGCUUGUCGAGCUCGAAGGCGCUCGUGAGCGCGUCGAACGCGCGUCCCGACGCCUCGUUGGCCGAUUAAGAGAAUAUGAUGCCCAGGAGCAUACCGGCCGUGCGGAUCAUGCUGAUGAACAUAUCGCGACUGGCGACGGCGAACUUGGCGCCGAUACAGGUAUUGGCGGCACAGUAUCGGGAAGCAUCACUGGCGACGAAGACUACUUUGAGCCUUUCGCUGGGGCAGGUGUGGAUCGAUUGCUAAUGAAGCUUGAUUUCGGCAGUCUCAUGGCCGAGAAUGAUGUCCUUGGACCAGAUCAUGUGGGGUUUGAUUGAUCCUGCUGCGGCCCUCGCUUCAUCUGUUAAAAUCAUGUCAAUUACCGGGCUCUGGCGACCAUAUUUACUUUUUAUUAAAACUAGGAUGAAAAUUUCGGCGAGAUAAGGAACAGCGUGGCUGGCGUUAACAGGGCAGAUUUACAGUGCGCUAUGCAUGGCAUUAUGGCUUCUACAUAUAUUGUACUCUUCUACUCACACAUUCGUUGUUUCUAGCAUUGCUUUUAUAUACCUGCGCUUACUCUCCCUCUGUCGAGCUAGAAAGAAUACCGCGAUUCGAAAGAUGGCUACAAAGUUCACAAGAGCUGG